AUGAAUGGAACUUCGUUAAUGAUGGAGGACAUGGAAAAUGACCUCAUUGUACAGGAGAAUAGAUCACCCGGAAGGGCCCGACAGCAAAGCAAGAAGUUCGACCUACGCAGAAUAUCCAAGAGUAUUAUUAUCAGUAAAUCGAAGAGGCGGAUGCUGUAUAUAUUGCUAGCUACUGCGGUGAUGCUAUUCUUGGUUGCUGGUGGCACUACGGCUAUAGUAGUUGUGAACGACGAUGAUACAACAGACGCAUCACACGCACAGGCUGCCCAGGGAGCCGACACCGCCGAUAGUUAG